GUGAGAAGGUCCUGAGCGGUAAAACCCAAGGCUACUAAUCGAUGUUUGUUUUGCUACAGCUAGCAGUAUGCCUGCUGAACGCAAGCGCUCAGUAAACAUGGACGAAAAGGAAGUUUGCUCCUUCACUAACAAGGAUAAAGAAAAGGACAGAGAUAGUGAGAGGCGACCGGCGUCUGCUCGAGACAAAGCAAAAGACGAGGCCAAAAUGAGCGGUAAAAAAGACGGCAGCAAGGAGGAGAAGAGGAAGCGGCUGGAGGAGGAAAAGAAGAAGAAAGAGGAGAAGGAACGAAGAAAGAAAGAGGAGGAAAAACAGAAAGCGGAGGAGGAACAGAAGAAGAAAGAGGAGGAAGAGAAGAGACUGCAGGAGGAGGAGGAGAAGAAACUUCAAGAGGAGGAGGUCAGAAGACAACGUGAGGAGGAGGCUGCUCUCCUGAAGGAAAAGGAGGAGGGGCAUCAGCUGCACCAGGAGGCCUGGGAGCGCCAUCACUGCCGGAAGGAACUCCGCAGCAAGAACCAGAACGCCCAAGAGGGUCGGCCUGAAGAGGCCUUUUUCAGCCGCCUGGACUCCAGCCUCAAAAAGAACACGGCCUUCGUCAAGAAGCUGCGCACACUGACUGAACAGCAGCGGGAAUCACUCUCCAAUGACUUUGGCUCCCUGAACCUCAGCAAGUACAUCGGAGAGGCUGUGAGCUCUGUCGUGGAGGCCAAGCUGAAGAUCUCUGAUGUCGGCUGCUCUGUCCAUCUGUGUUCCCUCUUCCACCUGCGCUACUCUGAGUUUGCUCCAUUACUGUUACAGGCGUGGAAGAGGCACUUUGAAGCAAGGAAAGAGGAGAAGGCGCCAAAUGUGAGCAAGCUGCGCACAGAUCUGCGCUUUAUUGCAGAGCUCACGAUCGUGGGCCUCUUCACGGACAAAGAGGGUCUCUCGCUCAUUUAUGAGCAGCUGAAGAGCAUCAUUGGGACCGACCGGGAUUCGCACACUCACGUGUCGGUGGUCAUCAGUUUCUGUAAGCACUGUGGGGAUGACAUCGCUGGUCUGAUGUCUCGCAAAGUGAAAGCUGCUGCUGAGAAGUUCGCCCUGUCCUUCCCCCCGAGUGAGAUAAUCAACCCAGAGAAGCAGCAGCCCUUCCAGAACCUUCUACGAGAAUACUUUACCUCACUCACCAAACACCUGAAGAAGGACCACAGGGAGCUGCAGAACAUUGAGAGGCAGAACAGGCGAAUCCUACAUUCCAAAGGGGAGCUGAGUGAGGACAGGCACAAGCAGUACGAAGAGUUUGCCACUUCCUACCAGAAGCUGCUGGCCAACACUCAGUCCCUGGCUGAUCUCCUCGAUGAGAACAUGCCAGAUCUGCCUCAGGACAAGACUGUGCAGGAGGAGCACGGCCCUGGCAUUGAUAUCUUCACCCCUGGUAAGCCUGGAGAGUACGACCUGGAAGGAGGGAUCUGGGAAGAUGAAGAUGCUCGUAACUUCUAUGAGAACAUGGUGGACCUGAAGGCCUUUGUCCCUGCCAUCCUCUUCAAGGACAACGAGAAGAGCAACCAGGCCAAAGAGAAGGAGGAGGCCAAAGAUGGGAAAGAAGGGAAGGAGACGGCCCCCACUACGGAGGAACUGGAGCUGGAGGCUCUGGAGGCUCUAGAAAUCACAGACGAACCUCUGGAACUUGAGGGAGCAGACGAGGUGGAAAAUGAGGAACUGACCAAAAAGCUGCUGGAUGAGCAAGAGCAAGAGGAUGAGGAGGCCAACACAGGCUCCCACUUGAAGCUCAUCGUGGACGCCUUCAUCCAGCAGCUCCCAAACUGUGUGAACAGGGACCUCAUAGAUAAGGCUGCCAUGGACUUCUGCAUGAACAUGAACACCAAAUCGAACCGGAGGAAACUGGUCCGAGCCCUUUUCACUGUCCCCCGGCAGAGGUUGGAUCUGCUCCCUUUCUACUCUCGGCUGGUGGCAACUCUUCACCCCUGCAUGUCCGAUGUGGCCGAGGACCUCUGCUCCAUGUUGAAGGGAGACUUCAGGUUUCACAUCCGGAAGAAGGACCAGAUCAACAUUGAGACAAAAAAUAAAACGGUCAGAUUUAUCGGGGAACUGGCCAAAUUUUUGAUGUUCUCAAAAACGGACACGCUUCAUUGUCUCAAGAUGCUGCUGUCCGAUUUCACCCAUCACCACAUCGAGAUGGCCUGCACUCUGCUGGAGACCAGCGGCCGCUUCCUCUUCAGAUCCCCUGACUCUCACCUGCGCACCAGCGUCCUGCUGGAGCAAAUGAUGCGCAAGAAGCAGGCUCAGCAUCUGGAUGCCCGCUACGUGACGAUGGUGGAGAACGCCUACUACUACUGCAACCCCCCACCCAUGGAGAAGACUGUGAAGAAGAAGAGGCCGCCGCUGCACGAGUACAUCCGCAAGCUCCUCUACAAGGACCUGUCCAAGGUCACCACUGAGAAGGUGCUGAGGCAGAUGCGCAAGCUGCCGUGGCAGGAUCCAGAUGUGAAGCGCUACCUGAUCUGCUGCAUGGUCAACAUCUGGAACGUCAAGUACAACAGCAUCCACUGUGUGGCCAACCUGCUGGCCGGCCUGGUGGCCUACCAGGAGGACGUGGGGAUUCAUGUGGUGGACGGAGUCCUGGAGGACAUCCGGCUGGGCAUGGAGGUCAACCAGCCCAAGUUCAACCAGCGGCGCAUCAGCAGCGCCAAGUUCCUGGGCGAGCUCUACAACUACCGCAUGGUGGAGUCGGCCGUCAUUUUCCGCACCCUCUUCUCCUUCAUCUUCUUCGGAGUGAAUCCGGACGGCAGCCCGAGUCUCCUGGAUCCUCCCGAGCACCUGUUCCGCUUCCGUAUGUGCUGCACCCUGCUCGACACGUGUGGCCAGUACUUCGACCGAGGCUCCAGCAAGAGGAAGCUGGACUGUUUCCUCAUCUACUUCCAGCGAUACAUCUGGUGGAAGAAGAGCGUGGACGUCUGGACGCGUGAUCACCCGUUCCCCAUCGACAUCGACUACAUGAUCAGCGACACGCUGGAGCUGCUCCGGCCCAAGAUGAGGAUCAGCUGCUCGCUGGAGGAGGCCACCAAGCAGGUGGCCGACCUGGAGAGGGAGGUGCUCGUGAAACUAGGUCUGGACAUGGAGAAGGACGGUCGCUCCAGCGCCAUGAGUGAAGGGGAGGGGCUGGAUGAGGAAGACGACGAUGGUGAUGACGACGAAGAGGGAGGAGCCGAGACCGAGGAGCAGUCAGGCAACGAGAGCGAGAUGAACGAGCAGGAGGAGGAUGACGGAUCAGAGAACGAACUCGGGGAGAGGGAGGAAGAGGAGGAGGAGAACACAGACUACCUGACUGACUCCACUAAAGAAAACGAGACUGAUGAGGAGAACAACGAGGUGACCCUCCGCGGCGGUGGACUGAAGCACGUGGCCUGUGCUGAGGACGAGGACUUCAUUCAGGCUCUGGAUAAGAUGAUGCUGGAGAACCUGCAGCAGCGGAGCGGCGAGGCGGUGAAGGUGCACCAGCUGGACGUGGCCAUUCCCCUGCAGCUGAAGAGUCAGAUGAAGAAGGGCGGCAGCGGACCACCGUGCAUCGCAGAGGGAGACGAGGACAUCUCAGACACAAUGCAGUUUGUGAUGCUGACACGCAAGGGCAACAAGCAGCAGUAUAAGAUCCUGAACGUGCCGCUGUCCUCCCACCUGGCGGCGAACCACUUCAACCAGCAGCAGGCGGAGCAGGAGGAGCGCAUGAGGAUGAAGAAACUCACCCUGGACAUCAACGAGCGACAGGAGCAGGAGGACUACCAGGAGAUGAUGCAGUCCCUGGCUCAGCGUCCGGCUCAGGCCAACACAAACCGGGAGCGCCGGCCUCGGUACCAGCACCCGAAAGGCGCUCCCAACGCCGACCUCAUCUUCAAGACGGGAGGAAGGAGACGCUGACAGGAGUCUGGGCCCGGGCUGACCGACAAGAGAGCAAGUGAAUAAGCGUGCGAGAGAGAAAGAGAAGAUCGGAGGGGAAACCGGUCGAAGGUGAGGAGCGAGUCCUCCAGACGCCCACUGACGAUGCCGGGACAAACCGCUGACCCCGAACACACACACACCCCCGCCGCCUGAGGAGGAGGGACACAACCAGGGGCCUGGGGUCAGAGGUCAAGGGUCAGAAAGACGUCUCUCCUUUCCUUUUUUUGUCCGUUGCCUGAGAUGACAAAAAAAAGAUCCCUCCACUGUCCGGACGAACUGCGACGAUGACUCAGCACCUGACCGUGUGACCGACAGGGGGGGCGGGAUGAAAGGAUCAACAGCCACCGCCGCAACAGCUGGAGGAAAACGUGCGAGUUUAAAAACCUGCGAAAUUUACACGAUACAAGAAAAGGAUACCGAUCUUUUGUUUUUCCUUAUUUGUUUUCCGGACCCGGGAACACGUGUGAUUGGUCUGAUUUUGUUGACAAACUGUCGAACGCAGCACGGGGACGAGGACGGAGACGGGGGGGGGGGG